AUGGCCAUGUUUGGAGAGAGAGAUCGUCGUUUGUCUAAUGGGGAGGCUGAGUCUGAGAGGUCUCUAAAUCAAGAGAACGCAGUAGAGAAGAUGAGUGGUUUGUCUCAGGAGGGGAUUGAUUUUCUCGGAGAAUCAAAGAUGGGUUUUGAUGGGUUUGGCUUAAAACCCCAAGAACUCACUCUCAGCUACCUCUGUGAAAACAACAACAACAACAACAAUCAGAAACUUGGUUUUUCUCUUAAGGGAAAAGAAAUAAUCUUUUCAGAGAAUUCAAACCAAGAUGAGAAAUGGGUUGAGAGGGAUUUCUUGAAUCUGAGUGAAACCAAAUCUAAUUCUUCUUCCAAGAGACAAGUCUGCCGCGAGGAAGAUGAAGAAGAAGUUGAAGAGAAUUCCUCAAGAGACAAGAAACCAAAGCUCGAGAGUACUUUAAAUCUUUCUUUAGCUUUGCCUGACGUGUCUCUCUCUUUAACUGCAUUAAAUGCAUUGCAAAAUGGUGAUCCUUUGAUUGAGCCAAAUCGUCGUGAGUCUUUGGGUGCAGCUGCAGCAGCAGCAGCGACACUAUCAAACAACAACAACAACACGCAAACAACAUGUUCUAAUGAUUUCACUGCUGCUUCUCUUUCAUAUUCAUAUUCACACCCGUUUUCACACAAUCCUAGUUGUUCUAUGACUCGAAAUUCAACUGAGAAUUACGAGUAUUCCGUAGGGAGAGAUGAUCAAAUUUGGUGUGGAGGAGAAGGGACUAAUGGAUCGGUCCAUAGCCGGUUUAGGCCUAUUGGAGAUGGUAUUGUUGCUUUGAACAAUAACAAUCAUGGUGGUGGUGGUGGUUCUAUGAUGCAAGGUAAUCGUGCCACGAACAAGGAUUCGUGCAACAAUAGUCUCUAUAAGACUACUAGCUCAGAUAAUGUUUCAUUUUUUCCAUCUGAAUUGCCGGCCAGGCCUCGUGUAGAUGCUUAUUCUGGUGAUUCUAGGAGAAGGGAUUCUGAGAAUUUGAGAGGCUUGGAGAGUGGAGAUGGAGAAGGUGGAGCAAAAAAGCUUUCUAGACCAGGGAGAAUUCUUCGUGAGAUUGUUUCCGAGUCCAUUACUGCUAUGGCUCAGAUCAUUCAGGAGGUAGCGGAAGAAACAUUAGAUUCGACUAAGGAGUACUUGAAGAAUCUUAUUGCCAUGCCUGAAAAGAGAGACGAGUUAGUUGGCCUUCAAAACCGGCUUGAAAGAAGGUCUGAUCUUACCAACGAGGCUCUCUUGAAGUGCCAAAAAGACCAGUUAGAAAUUUUGGUUGCGAUAAAAAUGGGGCAUGGAAGUUUUGUGUCUGGGAAAGUUCGGCUUCCUACAAAGGAGUUGGUGGAAAUUUUCUUGUUUAUGAGAUGUAGGAAUGUGAAUUGCAAGAGUAUAUUGCCUGUGGAUGACUGUGACUGUAAGUUUUGCUCGGGGAAUAAGGGAUUUUGCAGCUCAUGUAUGUGUCCUGUCUGUACGAAUUUUGACUGUGCUAGCAAUACUUGCAGUUGGGUUGGCUGUGAUGUUUGCUCCCAUUGGUGCCAUGCUGCCUGUGGCAUACAAAAGAAUCUCAUUAGACCUGGUCCUAGCUUGAAGGGGCCAUCCGGGACUAGUGAGAUGCAAUUUCACUGCAUUGGGUGUAAUCAUGCUUCAGAGAUGUUUGGUUUUGUCAAGGAUGUGUUUGUGUGCUGUGCAAAGGAUUGGGGUCUAGAUACUCUGAUAAAGGAGCUUGAUUGUGUUAGGAAGAUUUUCAAGGGAAGUGAGGAUUUCAAAGGCAAGGAGUUGCAUACUAAGGCUGACGACUUGUUCUCCAAGCUUGAAAGAAAAGCGAUAUCUUCUAAAGAUGCCUAUGCAGAUAGUAUGUCAGAUUUUCCUGCUUCUGGUGUUUCUGCAAAAGAAUUGAUGCCAACAGAAUCUAGCCUUAGAAAAGAUGCAGUAGCCAUGCUGCCAGCAACUUCUCUCCCUCCAAAAUAUACAAUUUACAACAUUGGCUCUUCAAGUGGAAGACGUGAUUCAGUACCAAAUGAUCGACACCGAAAUGACCUUCAAGCUGCCCUCCUUGAUGACCUAAAAGUUGGAAGCGAGUUUCAAUUUGGGAAGUUACCGAAGAAUGAUGGAUUCGACAGCUUAGAAAGCAUUGUGCGGAUCAAAGAAGCAGAAGCAAGAAUGUUCCAGGGCAAGGCAGAUGAAGCACGGAGAGAGGCUGAAGGCUACAGGCAGAUGAUUCGUGCAAAGUCUCACAAAUUGGACGAAGAAUAUGCAGAGAAGCUGGCCAAACUGUGUUUGCAGGAGACAGAAGAAAGACGGAGGAACAAACUGGAAGAACUGAAGGAUUUGGAAAAUACUCAUUGUGAUUACUACAACAUGAAGUUGAGAAUGCAAGCAGAGAUUGCUGGUUUAUUGGAAAGAAUGGAGGCCACAAAGCAGCAAUGGGUAUCAUAA